AUGAUGGGUCUUCGUACAGGCCCCACGAGACACCUCACCUUCAUCGGCGUUGCAGAUGCGGCACUGGUUGCGGCAAUUGGCGCCUGGCUCCUGGAUCUGAAGGUUAUCCUCUACACAAAUGAACGCCAGGAAGACCGCGACGUCUGGUAUCGGAACUUUCCGGACGAUGAGGAGCCGCAUUUGACAGUUAUCCACUCGCGUCAGCCAGGGGGGUCUGCAGUAGUCCAACGUAGUCGAACCAUCCAGAUCCCUGAUGCAACUACUCUCUUCAGAUCGCACUCGGAGCUGAAGCCUAGCCACAACAAUGUGGUAAGCGGCCGUGUUCCUUGGGAUAAUGCCUUGUACCGAACAUUUGGAGACCAUAUGACUUUCUUGCGGUCCUCAAGACAAAAGUCUUUCGGGACAGCUCUCGGUAGUGCCGCUCGGAUCUUCUCCGCGCUGAAUAACGGUGACCCAGCUGUUCCAAUGAACUGGCUGCGAGCUAGGAACACGUACUUCCCUGCCAGCUAUGGGAUGGACUUCGUUCAUUUCUCAGGAGACCGGUUCCCGGAGCUGGCGGUUGCAGACCUGCAGAGAGAAAUGAUGGAGGCUGCUAGCGCUGCAACAUAUGAAAAUGCCUGUACAGCCUUCGAGAAAGCACUCAGCGACUUGUCACUCGAGUGCUCCUGUAAGUCUUGCUGUCGAAUUCAUGGUCGCAGUCAGGAGAGCACUAUGGGCCAAGGACACCACAGCCCCCAGCGCUGUUUAGUGGCUCUUACCGCUGCGAUUAUUAGACUUAUUCGCGGCCUCUCGGGUAUCAACUUGGUAGACGGUCUGCAUCCCAGCAGGAAAGGCCUGGAAUAUAUUUACAGGCUGCAGCAGAUUCGGGUGGAGCGGGCAAGGGGCUCCCCGAAGUCUAAAGGGUCCGCACUUGUUGAUGUUAUCGUGGAGCACGGAAUUCGAGAUCUGAUAUGGACCGAUGCCUCGCCACUCAGAUUCGCCGAGUACGUCUUUUUAGGGACCCCUUUCGCGGACGAGCCAGAGGAGCCAGGGAUAUCCGCUAUCUCCCGGGACGGUUUGUGCUUCUACCUUGGUAUUCUUAAGAACCCACUUGCAGAGGAUCCAGUGGCCUUGUGUUGGGUUACUGUAGUUCCUGGUCACAUCCAAUUCGAAGGACGCUUAUACGGCCGAGUGAAUGAGAAGGCAACGGACCUAUACAAUAGGGGCGUCCUGCAAAAACGGCCUGCCGACUGCGUUCCCUCCAAGGUGUUCCGCAGCCUGGAUCGGUGCGCGGGAGGCAACGUAAUGCUAAAUGUGACUGACAGUGUCACGCAGGACCGCCGGCCAGCACUAGAGGUCGCUUUUGAAAUCUUGCAAAGUGGCAGGCGCCAGGAUGUGGUUGGGCCUUGGAGAGUCGUGCACACAAUACCUCGCGGGCUCGGUCUCAUCAACUGCCGUGAUGAUGGCUGCGAGGACUCGAAGGUAGCGACCGGUGAUCUUAAUAAGGCCAUUGGGCAUACGCCGAUGCAGACAAUCACAAUCGGUAAUAGCAAAGUCUCGUUAAUCGAGGAUAGUCCUAUUUCCCGACUCCUGGUGACCGCUAAUUGUUGGGAGCCGCUGAUCCAACGGGAAGAGUGUUUAUCAUGCGCCGUGUGGAGUGGAUGCAAGCAGGGAUGGAACGCUUUCGCUGUCCUGUGCAAGCUGCCACACCCCCAACAAUAG